GUCAGUGCUCUGGAAAAUUGAGCUCAAGCAGACUAGCACUGUACCAGCAAGGAAGGAAGGAAGGAACUGAAAGGAGGCCUGGACGUUGAACAUGGAUUUGCAGAAUGGGAAGUAGCUGUUCACAAGGCGCAUCUCCAGGGAUUACCAAGGAACACACCACUCAUAUAGUCAUCAGGAAAGCAAACAGGGCUGCUUGGUGAGAUAAGUUCUUCACUUCCCAGAGAUGUGCGCUACAGAAAUUGAUCACACCCCUGUGGUUCGUAGUACAAGGACUUGAUUUCUUUUUAGUGCUCCCACAAAUUAAUUCCAUUUGCUAAAGCGGUCUGUGUAGAUUAUAGACAGAGACAAGAAGAUGCCCUUUAAAAUGUGGGAUGGAAGAAAACUGCUUCUUGCUACAGUCAUUUUCACAUCUCUCUACUACAGACUGGCUGCAAAGGAGACAAAACUCCUGGACAUGGCCAAAGAUGCUGUUGAUGCCUUGUACAGUAACUGCCAUAAAGAGACCAAGGAGAAGCUUAUCAAUUCAGGCAUUUUAGAAAAAGAGCUAAACCAGAGUCAGGGCUUCAAGAAAGCAUGGAAUUCAAACCCCCAGUGUGAACAGUGGAUGCCAGGAGGAAUAAAAGAAGAGAGUCUUGCACUUUCGGCAUAUGUUAAAGGGGAUGAAGACUUUCUGAAGACCUUCAACGACAAAGUGGAGACAAUGGGUGUAAAUGUUAGCACCUAUGAAAACCACUUCCAUUUCAAGUCUCUUCACUUCCUGCUCAUGCGUUCCAUGAAGGCAAACAAAUGCAAGACUGGAUAUUUUUUAUCAGACCAACAAUACAUGGCAAACGUAGGCUCAAAAGUGAGACUUGGACAGUUCAAGGAAGUUGAGGUAGACUUUAGUAAGUUUAAGGAAUUUGAGGAAUUCGAUGGGAAUUUCAUUGUAAACAUCACUUCUUGCUUCUUUGUCAACCUGAAUGACAACAAUUGUACCAAGGACAUUGUCAGUAAACUCUUGCUAUCUCCAGCUGAAGUGUUCACCGUGGAGAGUGUAAAUGACAAAGAUGAUGGUUCUUCUUUGUACAAGGAGAUUGUUUUGAAACAUUCCAAAGUGGAGAGCCAUCACGACUGCUACAUUUCACGGUCUCCAGCGGAUGUCUCCAACCAGUGGCUUGUGUUGGUGCUUGUGGCUUUAUCUCUUUUUUUCUCGAACUGCUAAGCAAGAACAAUUAGCAUCUCAGACUGCUGAGACAGCUGAGAGUUAAUAAAAUGAAAAAAAACACUGCUUUGUUUUUUUUUACAGCUUGAACAAUGAUAAAACUAUUUUGCUGUCAUGUCUGCCUGUUAAGGUGCUGAAAGCUUAUAUAGUUGGCUGCAAAUAUAUACUCAUGUCAUAGUUUUUUUAAUUACUUCUACCACAUGCUUUGAACAGAUGUCCUGUUUACUUUACUGUAUAUCAUUUACUUAUAUCAAUAUUUCUAAAACUAGUCAUGGGAGUGGAGUCCCCAGCAAGACGAGAACUGAGAAUGUUGCAGUUUAUGAUUGCCACCUUAAUGCCUAAAUCACCAGGGUGUAUAAGGCAAUUUCAACUGAUAAUAUCAGCUUUGACAGCAUUUGGGAGAGAGGGUUGAACUUUAGAAAUACAUAAACAAAUAAACUGGUUGAACCGCC